AUGUUGCCAAUAAAUUUAUUGCACAGCUUCUAUUGGUCAAGAAUGCUUGAUGUGAUAAUGCAAAAUUAUCUUUUGUCCACUACAACGUGUAUCAUUUGGUCUGAAAAUGAAGAAUUUUCAAUCAACUGGCAGAAUAUAAAUCCACCAGCCGCUGCAAUCGUAAAUAUUCGCUUGCAUAAUUUGGAGGUAUCUUUUCCUGAAGAUAUAGUUGAUUUUGCCGCCAAACGUGAAGAGCUUCUCAAUGAUUAUGUGGUUUUGAAUCCACUGGUGGAGAAAUUGACUUUGUCAAUCGAAAAAUCGCAUUGUGAGAAUUUUAUAACCUUCCAAAUGGAUAUUCCAGUUUUCAUUGAAGCGAUUAUAAAUGCAAGUCGCUAUUCGAUUUGGCGUUCGGUAAAUAAUAAAUUCUUAUUCGUCUACAAUAAGGAUGAAUUGCUGGACGAUCACUUUCAACAUCACUUUUUUGAAGAUCAAUCAAGCAUACUUCUUAUUGAGAGAUCGAAUACCAACCCAGAAAUUUUCGAGUUGAAAACAAACAAAUUUGUUGGUCUACGUGCGGAUAACCCCAAACAAAUUUAUUCGAUUGAUCGGUUCAAUGCCUCAAGUAAUACUUUUCUGCACAGCAACGUUCUCUUUCCGGACAAGUUGGAAAACUUAGAAGGCCGCGAAGUGAUUAUGGCAGUUUUUGACUAUCGGCCAGAUGUCGUUUUGAAAUAUUACCCUGGUGCACCAUCGCGUGACAGAGCCUUUGCAGUAGACGAUGUCAAUGGUGAUGUAGAGAUCGAUGGCACAGAGGCCAGAAUACUUAAGGAAUUUUGCGUGAAACGUAAUUGUUCAGUAGAUGUUGAUACCUCUGACGCCUAUGACUGGGGCGUUGCUUAUAGGAAUAUGACUGGAGAGGCUGCUUUGGGUAUGAUUGCCAGAGGCAAAGCAGAAGUGGGUAUGAGCGCCAUGUAUACCUGGUAUGCCGAUUAUGUGGCUCUCGACAUGUCGAUGUACAUUGGACGCUCGGGAAUCACCUGUGUAGUGCCGGCACCUAAACGUUUAGCUAGUUGGUUGCUACCGAUUGAACCUUUUCAGCCUGCACUUUGGGGCUUCGUGUUCGCUUGUUUGUGCGUCGAAGUACUAGCGCUGCUCUUCAUAGAUCAUUGCAGUGCAAUAAUUAAAGCUUUAAAUGAAAAUUCGCAUUCCACAACUAAGAAUAGUUGGCUACAUAAUUUUGAAUAUGCUUUCUCGACAACAAUGCUGUUAUUUGUCUCCCAAUCGAACAAGGGCGCCAUGGUGGGUUUUACACCAAUAAGGGUGAUGCUGUUCGCCUGUUUCUUGAAUGACAUUGUUGUAACGAGCAUUUAUGGUGGUGGACUGUCUAGUAUACUAACUGUACCUAGCAUUGGACUAGCAGCCGAUUCGGUUGAGCGCCUCUAUGCCUUUCAACUCAAAUGGGGCGCAGAUUCUGAGGCAUGGGUGGCGGGCAUACGCGACGAUGAAAGUGAAAUCAUGCAGGGUCUGUUGCGCAAUUUUAAAAUUUAUACGGAGGAAGAGCUCAAAGAGCUGGCUCAAACUGAAGAAAUGGGAUUCACCAUUGAACGUUUACCUUUCGGCCAUUUCGCUGUGCAGGAACAUUUGACGAGCAGCGUUUUAGAGAAGAUGAAAAUUAUGAUAGAGGACAUUUAUUUUCAGUACACUGUCGCAUUUACCGCACGCAUGUGGCCGAUGUUGGGGCGCUUCAAUGAAAUGGUUUUCAUGUGGCAUUCUUCUGGCUUAGAUAAAUUUUGGGAGUGGCGCAUUGUUGCUGACUACUUGGAUGGUAAUAUUCAGAAGAUGCUGAUGGCUUCACUGUAUGCAAAUUUGGAUGAUAUUGGACCGGUUAAAUUGGGCAUGUCGAAUUUCGUGGGUAUGUUGUUGCUUUGGUCGCUGGGUAUAAUUUUUGCCUUUUUGGCUUUCUUGGGAGAAUUAUUAUUGGCUCAUUUGAAACGUGUGAAGAAAGUGGCUGCAAAUGAAGAAAUUGAAAUAAGGGAAAUUCAUUAAGGUAGUAGAGAGUGUGAAGGGAAGUACCAACAAACGGUUAUUUGUAGUUGUUUAAGCCUUUUAAAUGUAGUUACUUAGUAGC